CCCCACUUUUUCACCAAAGUGGUACUGUACAAAAGAGAGGCUCUGACCCCCCAAAAAUUCCUCCAUAAAAAUCAACUCUUUCCGUGGGCGGGGUGGGGCAAUGAGAGGAAGUUAGUCGCGUCGCAAGCGUUUGACCUUUUUUAAGGGACUUGCUGAGUGCUAGCUCGUUAGCUCACUCGCUACAUCAACGAAGACGCGACGGAGACAAGUGUGGCGACAAGAAGAAGAGCGACGCGCGCGCGUGUGUGUGUCUCGGGGGGAAGCCGGCUUUCAUUAGAGGCCGCGACGACGAGCUGGAGAGCUUCCACACACCCCCCCUCCCCCCACGCUCGUCUCUUUCCCGGUGCAGCAUCCCGUCGAGAUGGACAACCUGAGUGACGCCUUGGCGAAGCUGAAACUUGCAUCCACAGACGGCGCCUCGGACAGCGUGGAGAGCUGUCUGGACUGCCUGCUGAAAGCGCUCGUCAACAACAACACGGAGGCCAGUCUGAAGAUCCAGGAGAUGGGUGUUCUUCCCCUGCUCCCCACCCUGCUAAGCCCCCAGUCAUCCUGCUCCCCCAAAGUUGCCAAUAUCAUCGCUGAGGUGGCCAAAAAUGAGUUCAUGCGGAGUUCCUGUGUGGAAGCGGGCCUCAUCCCUCCGCUCAUUCAGCUGUUGAACUCCAGCGAUCAGGAGGUUCUACUGCAGACCGGCCGGGCUCUCGGCAACAUCUGUUACGACAGCCAUGAGGGCAGGAGUGCAGUUGACCUGGCAGGAGGGGCUCAGAUAGUAGCUGAACACAUUAAAACCCUCUCCCAAAAUACAGAGCCGGAAAAUGAGAAGCUCUUGACAGUCUUUUGUGGCAUGCUGAUGAACUAUAGCAAUGAUAAUGAUUCCCUACAAGGCCAACUGAUCAGCAUGGGCGUGAUCCCCACUCUGGUGAAGCUGCUCGGCAUCCAUUCCCACAACGCCGCCCUGACCGAAAUGUGUCUCAUCGCCUUUGGAAAUUUAGCCGAGCUCGAGUCGAGCAAGGAGCAGUUCGCCUCCACCAACAUUGCCGAGGAGCUGGUGCGCCUUUUCCAGAAGCAAGCGGAGCACGAAAAGAAAGAAAUGAUAUUUGAGGUCCUGGCUCCCCUGGCGGAGAACGAUGUGAUAAAGUUGCAGAUGGUGGAGGCGGGCUUGGUGGAAUGUCUCCUGGAGGUGGUGGCCCAGACUGUGGAUGGCGAGCGGGAGGAAGACGUCGCCCAGCUGAAGACGGCCUCUGACCUCAUGGUGCUGCUGCUGCUCGGAGACGAGUCCAUGCAGAAGCUGUUUGAGGGCGGGAAGGGCAGUGUCUUCCAGAGGGUGCUUUCUUGGAUACCGUCGCACAACCACCAGUUGCAACUGGCCGGCGCUCUUGCCAUUGCUAAUUUUGCCCGCAACGAUGGGAACUGCAUCCACAUGGUGGACACUGGUAUCGUGCAGAAGCUUUUGGAGCUGUUGGAUCGACACGUUGAUGAAGGCAAUGUCACAGUUCAACACGCAGCUCUCAGUGCUCUUCGGAACCUGGCCAUACCUGUUGUGAACAAAUCCAAGAUGCUGUCAGCCGGAGUCGCAGAUGUGGUAUUGAAAUUCUCGCAGUCGGAGAUGCCACCGGUUCAGUUUAAGCUUCUCGGGACUUUACGCAUGCUCAUCGACACACAAGUGGAAGCAGCGGACCAGCUCGGCACCAAUGGGAAACUGGUGGAGCGGCUGGUGGAGUGGUGUGAAGCCAAAGAUCACGCCGGGGUGAUGGGCGAGUCCAACAGGCUCCUUUCUGCUCUCAUUCGACACAGCAAGUCCAAGGAAGUCAUCAGGACAGUCAUCCAGGGAGGUGGAGUCAAGCACUUAGUUACCAUGGCAACCAGCGAGCACAUGAUCAUGCAGAAUGAAGCGCUGGUGGCGCUGGGCCUCAUCGCAGCGCUAGAUUUGGUUGCAGCGGAGAAGGACUUUGUGGCCGCGAACCUCGUAGCUGUGCUUCACAAGCUCUUGUCAGAUGAGAGGAGUGCGCCGGAGAUUAAAUACAACUCCAUGAUACUCAUCUGUGCUGUCAUGGGCUCCGAGCCCCUCCACAAAGAAGUCCAGAGCCGGGCCUUCAUCGACGUGGUGUCCAAGCUCCGCGCGCACGAAAACAAGACUGUGUCGCACCAGGCGUCGCUGACAGAGCAGCGGCUAACCGCCCAGAGCUAAACGACCGUGUUCGCCAUCAGCCCCCCGCCCCCAGCCACGGCACCCCGACGCCCUGCGCCUAAUCACCCGAUGAAUGCUCUACCCCUUGUACUGUAACGCCAUCGUCACGUGCCAAGGUACCAUGUUGCGUCGACUGCCAGACAGACAUCCUCUUGACUCGUGCUAAGGACAGACCGACGUACGUCACGUAUGAAUUGAGUUACAUUUGCGGAGCACCAAAACCCGCCGUCAUAAUAAUGCGAUUUAGCUAGGUGAGGUAGCACAUUUUGACGCGUCAGGCUUUCCGCGGUCCCUCGGCUUGUGCAUGCUAGUGUUGUCACGGUACCCAAAUUCUGACUUUGAUAGUAUACCUGCAUAAAUUACCUCGAUACCGAUACUGAAACGAUACCACGGCAAAAACCUAAAACAUCAGUAACAGCGGUGGAAUCAUAUUGACGAAACACAGAUCUUCAAAUUCUUAGCAUUUCAAAAAAAUACUGGGCAGUGUCAAAUAUUUCUUGAAAUGAUUCAAUAAGUAUCAUUUAAAAGGUUGCUCCAUCAGCCUGUCGCUGGUGUUUCACAUUGUUAGCAUUAAGCUAGCAGACUUUUGUUCGACGAAAUGAUGCGGUUCGGUUGAAGAUUUUGGGCUUGAAUAUAUACUGUACAAUGUUUAGUUCUUUGUUUGAGGUAUCGGUUUGACACUAAACUUCAAGUUGAACUUGUAGUGCACUGCUGAUUAGGCUUCAGGUGCUGUUCUUCCGCGCUUGCUGUACUGUUGUUGUGUGGGACCCCAGAGGCUGAAUAAAGUCGCUACAGUCUACCGCAGCGCGUUAGUCCGGCUUUCGUUCUUUCCACAUACAAAUACAGCAUAUAUUCUUUUUUACGGGAGAGACUAAUAAGCAUCUUCAAGCGAGGACAUUCUAUCUCUUUUUUUGGAGAAAUGUUUGCAGAAGUACCGCUACUAAAAAUAUGUGGUAUCGUUUCAUUUUGGAUGGCGAGAUAUACCGGCGCUACUUUUGUAGUGCCGGUAUACCGUGCAACCCUCGUGCAUGCGUCUUUGCAACACUUGUAGAACAAACGUGACGCCGGCUGCCCUGUUCAACCCAACAGCGUCGCUCCAGGAUGGUGCAUGUUUUCCUUUGGCCAGCAGAGUGGGGAACCCCUUUUAGGUUUUUUUUUACCAAGUCAUCUAAAUCGAUUCAAUAUAUGGAUUUUUAAAGUACAUUUUUUAUUGUAUUUGUUUUUCGAAUUACAUGGCAGGACCAUACAAUACUAACAUGCUAACGACACGUUAAGGAUAUUGAACAGUAUAAUAGGUGCAUUCAAGAGUUCAGAGAAAGUAAAAGUACGUUCACCAGUAAAGGUGAUAGUGCAUUUUAGAUUUGUCGGGAAAUUUCACCAAAUAUCCUGAACGUCUCGUGAGUAGUGUAUUUCAUCCACGGGCACGAGCUUCCCCAACACUGCUCGAAAUAUACGCCGCUUCCUCGAGUCUUGUCCACAUUUUUUAUUUUUUUUUGCAUUCCUUUGAGGUUUGAGUCUUAUUUUUAUUUAUUUUUUAAGUUUACGUUGAUCGAGUACGUGGUCUCGCUGCUGACCAAAGGGUCUACAGAUCUGUGGAAAAAGUCAGAACUAAAGAGUGAGGCACCUUUCAUUAGUCAGGUCUCCUUCACUCAGAAAAUGACCGUGUUACCUCAUAUAUCGGCUGUUUAUAUCCAAGUGCAGAGUAUCAGGCGUCUGUGAGCCUUUUGCACUCGGCCAACGCAGGAUAUUGAAAUUUGGUAGGCACGUCUGUCAUGAGUAGAACCACAAAAUGUCUUCAAAAAAACUGCCUGAAAACACACAGGAAGUCAGCCAUUUUACAGUUUUUUGGGGUCAUUUUCUGGUGUUCUCAAAAGACGAACUUGUCCAAUUGCUACCGAAUACGCGUACUAGACUAAAUUUGCGAAACAUUUGACUUUUCGUCACUGCACGUGGGCACCAUCAGCUUUACAGAUGCUACGUCUGCUCCGGACACCGGCUCAUCUCUCCUUGGUAAACGUCAGCUAUACUGUAUUAUAGGUAGUGGAAAAGGGGCUCAAGAAAUGAAGAAUUGAGGAACUACGAUAUGUUUGAGAAAGUAAAUAUGGAUCAUGUUUAUGCCAAUCAUUUCCCCCCCUAACCCCACCGGUGUCAACGGUGCAUUGUCGAAAACCCGUUGAAAUAUUUAUGACUUUAUUCAUUGGGAGCACAAAAGCGCAAAAAAAAAAAAACGCAAUGAAUUUUUCGAUGUUGUUUUAGCAGUAAAUAAAAGCGCAGCUAGCGUCGGUAAGUGAAUGCACAUUAGUGAAGAAAUGCAUGAGCCGCCACAACGGUGGGAUCAAUGAAGGAUGCUUUCUCAUAUCACAUCACACACACUGUAAAUCUUGGCAUGUCCCAAUCUAUAACAAAUGUUACCAUAUCGUUGUUGUUUUUUUUUUUUUUAAAAAAAGGUAUGGAUGGUUAUUUAUCAGAUUUGUGCUCUUAAUGAGUUGCAUCCAUAGCAACAGCAUAAAAGUACUAUAAACAAAUGUUUGUUGUAAACGUCAAAGCGUUGUACAUUUGGAGGAUUGUAACACAGAAGAUAAUUAAAAGAUAGCUCGCGCA